UGGGAAUCGGGACACAUUUAGGCAUAUUCAGUUUCUAAGUGUGUAGCCAACGGAAAUUUUCUUUAUUUUCGUUUACCCAGGCGUCACACACCGCGCAUUUUUGAGAAAUGAAGAAGUCCACAGCUGUGAAUUUGGACAAACUAAUUGAAGACUUCUCUCUUGUCGAGCAGAAGAUAACGGAUAUGAAAGCAAAAAACAAUCUGCUGGAGGUGAGGUUAGAUGAGACCACCCGGAUGUUCACGUUAAGUCAGACAAAAGAGAAGUAUUUGAGAGAAGAACGAGACGAGCUGUUUCAGGCUGUUAUUGGACUCCAGCACACUCUAAAACAGCAGUGUGAGCUGAGAGUGGAAAAUGAACAGCUGAAGAAGAUCAUCAGUGACCUGGAGAGACAGAAUAACUCCAACCAGCAGGACAGUGCUGCUAACAUGGAGAGGCUGAAGAUGGAGGUUGCAGCGCAGAUAACAGAGCAGCAGAGGGACACGGCAGAGGUUCGGGGAGAGCUCCAGAGCAAACUGGAGGCCAAAGAGCUGGAGAUGCAGGAGGCCCUGCAGAAAAAGGAGUCAGAACUGGAGCAGAUGAGGAAGAGGAUGAAGGAGCAGGAGAGAGAAAAACAGACAGAGAUCAUAAAAUUACAGCUGGAGUUCAGCGCAAGGCUAGCAAGGGCUCAGACCACCACAGAGAAAGUGCCGCAGCAGCCAGUGGGAUCCUGCACUCUGCCCCUGGACCUCUACAGACGCAAGCUGCAGUAUGUCCAGGAGCAGAGGCAGAUGGAGGUUGAGAGUCUCAGGCAGAGGGUGAAGGAGCUGGAACAGAAGAACACCAAGAGCUUCCCAGAGUGCCUUCUGAAGAGGAGGAAACUCUGAGACCUCAGCCCAAACAGCACAGCCCAAACAGCACAGCCUGAACAGCACAGCCCAAACAGCACAGCCUGAACAGCACAGCCCAAACAGCACAGGAUGAACAGCACAGCCCAAACAGCACAGCUUGGACAGCACAGCCCAAACAGCACAGCCUGAACAGCACAGCCCAAACAGCACAGGAUGAACAGCACAGCCCAAACAGCACAGGUUGAACAGCACAGCCCAAACAGCACAGGUUGAACAGCACAGCCCAAACAGCACAGCCUGAACAGCACAGCCCAAACAGCACAGGAUGAACAGCACAGCCCAAACAGCACAGGAUGAACAGCACAGCCCAAACAGCACAGCUUGGACAGCACAGCCCAAACAGCACAGCCUGAACAGCACAGCCCAAACAGCACAGGAUGAACAGCACAGCCCAAACAGCACAGGUUGAACAGCACAGCCCAAACAGCACAGGUUGAACAGCACAGCCCAAACAGCACAGCCUGAACAGCACAGCCCAAACAGCACAGGAUGAACAGCACAGCCCAAACAGCACAGCCCAAACAGCACAGCCUGAACAGCACAGCCUGAGCAGCACAGCCCAAACAGCACAGGAUGAACAGCACAGCCCAAACAGCACAUCCCAAACAGCACAGUCUGAACAGCACAGCCCAAACAGCACUGCCUGAACAGCACAGCCCAAACAGCACAGCCCAAACAGCUCAGCCCAACAGCACAGCCUGAACAGCACAGCCCAAACAGCACAGGAUGAACAGCACAGCCCAAACAGCACAGCCCAAACAGCACAUCCCAAACAGCACAGUCUGAACAGCACAGCCCAAACAGCACAGGAUGAACAGCACAGCCCAAACAGCACAGCCUGAACAGCACAGCCCAAACAGCACAGGAUGAACAGCACAGCCCAAACAGCACAGUCUGAACAGCACAGCCCAAACAGCACUGCCUGAACAGCACAGCCCAAACAGCACAGCCUGAACAGCACAGCCCAAACAGCACAGGAUGAACAGCACAGCCCACACAGCACAGCCCGAACAGCACAGCCCAAACAGCACAGCCUGAACAGCACAGCCCAAACAGCACAGCCUGAACAGCACAGCCCAAACAGCACAGCCCAAACAGCUCAGCCCGAACAGCACAGCCAAACAGCACAGCCUGAACAGCACAGGAUGGACAGCAUAGCCCAAACAGCACAGCUUGAACAGCUCAGUCUAAACAGCACAGGCUGAACAGCAAAAAACAGUGUCUGUAAGUUGUAGUUGAAAAGGAAUGGAAUGGGGUUUUUUUUGUUCGUGGUGCUAUUGAGAGAUGCUACUAGAGGGGUCAGGUAGGUUUGUUUGUUAAUCGUCUUGUGCUUGUUCUAGAGAAUUCUGCUGGGUUAGCAAGCCUGCUAAAUGUGCUGAGCAUGGCCAUACUGUGUUUCUUUCAUACCAAAUCCCAAAACUCAGUGUUUCAUUUGUAAACCCAAACCUUCAGAGAAGUAGUUGUGUGUUUAGUCUCGGUUACAGAAUUGAGUCUAUAACGCAGUAUAAACAUCCUGCCCCAGCAGCCCUGUAAGCCUGGUUCUGGAUAAGAGAACACACACACACACACGCUCACACACAUGCUCUCAUGCACACACACACACACACACACACACACUCAAACUGUUUUUCUCACUAUUGGUCACCCCUUAUCUAAUGUAAGCCUGUUGUCCAAGAGCAGUAUGUUCCAGUCAGAAACACCACCCCUAAAGUAAGGCUGCCUGUCCAAUCGCGGCUCAGACCACUGACAGCGUCAGCUCCAAUUGGUGCAUAACCAGCCUGAGAGAGAGCAAAGGUUCGGAAUAUAAACCCCACCCAAUCUCUGACCGUGGAUGAGUUGUGCGACGGUGGCAAAGCCAGGUAAUUCCGUUAUGUAAGGGUCUUAACUUCGAGAGGUUAGGUUAGCUACCCUCCUGAACAGAGGCCUAGUAAUGGGAUUGCAGGCCGCCUGUCCCAGUAGAUGUGGGGACGAUACGCCCCGCUGUGCCAGUGUGUCUAGUGCGGGAGACUUUCCGCAUUCUUAGACUUUCCGCAUUCCGGCAAAAUCACAUGACUUCGACAGGUGCUGUAGGUACACUGUGUCACCUGGCAACAAGAGAUACUGGCUCAAUCAGGCGAGUCCUCCUGUUGGUAUAGCAUGAAUGUAGCCAGUCAGAUGCAGUUCUGACGCGUGCGCUUCAAGGUUACUGUCGCUUGGCUCGCCUAAGCAGUGCCUGAUACAUUGUUGUACAUUACUGUUCCUGUGUGUUUGCGAUGUUUACUUACUUACUUACUUGCCAUGGGUUCACCUGCAGCAACCUCACCUGCUGUUUCUGAGUGUUACUGAAGCUUGUGUGUCAUAUCCUGUUAAAUGUUUUGAAACUGAGCACUAAAUGUUCUGAUGGUAUCGUUUGCAUUUUUUCAAUGUUUAUUCUAAUGUUUUUCAGUUUCAGAUGGCAAUAUUUGGAUUUGCGAAGAACUCAUAAAUAUACAUGUAAUACCCA